AUGUUGAACCAAAUCUACAACUUCUUCCUGAAAGAAGACGUCGAAACAGAGAUCAAACGAACGCUCGUUCAACUGAACCUGACUCCACUCAUGGCGGAAAACACUCCCGCGGGGCCCACCGGUCUCCCUCCUCGCAAGGUUGACACAUUCACCGGAGAUGUGAUCCAUCACGACACGUACCCAGAGAUCAACCCACUCACUUCAUCAGACUGCUCCGGGAAAGCGGUUCUCAUCACGGGUGCCAGCAAGGGACUGGGCAGGGCCAUUGCGAUCGGCUACGCCGAAGCCGGCGCAUCUCAUAUUGCGGUAGCUGCUCGAUCAGACGUCUCUUCUACUGUCGCUGCCGUCCGUGAAGCGGCAAAGAACGCUGGGCGAGAUGAGCCCACAGUGUUUGCCCUCGAGAUGGACGUCAGUGACAUGGCCAGCGUAAGAGCGGCAGCGGAGAGGCUAACGACCGAAUGGAGGCGGCUGGACAUCUUGGUUAACAACGCCGGUUACAUGGCCCCAUUCAACUUGCUGCUGGACACGGAUGAUGAUGAGUACAUGAAGGCCUGGGAUGUGAACUACUGGGGCACAUACAGAGCCACCAAAGCGUUCUUGCCCUUGAUGCUCAAGGGCGGCGAUAAGACGAUUGUCAAUAUGUCUUCAGUUGCGGCGCACUUCAUGGGGGCCGGUGGUGGUGCAUACCACGUAUCAAAGUUCGCCCUCAUCCGCUUUACCGAAUUUGUUCAGGAUGAAUAUGGUGAUCAGGGGGUUCUCGCAUUCUCCAUCCACCCUGGUGUAGUCAGGAUGACCGAUACCCCAGAGCUAGCUGCCCAUUCCAUUCCCUAUCUUACCAGUAAGAAGAGGGAGUGGCUUGGUGGAAGAUGGCUCAGCUGCAUGUGGGAUAUGCCAAAGCUGAUGACUAUGGAGAAAGAGAUUGUGGAGAAUAAUCUGUUGAAGUUCAAGUGCAUGGGCCUGUAA